AUGGCCCACCACAAGAGCUCGAGCUCCAAGGGCCACGGGAGCUCUCAUGGAAAGUCCCACGGUGGCAGUUCUGGUGGCAGUUCUGGCGGCAAGAAGCAAUAUGUUUCUUUCGAGGUCUGGUACUGUGACUUCUGUCACAAUGGACCAUUGAACACUCAAACUGACACACACUGCACCAACUACAACUGUGGACACCGGCGCUGCCACACUUGCCAGACCUCCGUGGUCACCCAGCGCGCCGAUCACUGA